AUGCCGGUGACAGGAGCGAGCAUCCACCAGACUGGAGGCUCCUCAUCAGCAUCUCCCACAGAGGGAAAGCAUGACAGCAUGAGUUCCCCACCUGACAACAGCCACCAGCAGCAGUCCAGUAAGAGAUGCAACCACCAGAGUCUAAACCAGAACCACAGACCACAGCACGUAGAUGGACCUGGGAUACAGACCCUACCCAAGCCAAUCCCAGACCCCCCAAUUCAGUACACUAAGUUGUUCAUCAAUAACGAGUGGCAGGAUUCAUGCAGUGGCAGAAAGACUGCUGUGUAUAAUCCUGCAACAGGGGAGCUGCUGUGUGAAGUAGAGGAGGCUGACAAGGAAGAUGUUGACAAGGCAGUAAGCAGCGCCAGAGCAGCCUUUCAGAUGGGGUCGCCAUGGCGAUCCAUGGAUGCCUCAGACCGAGGUGAACUACUUAACAAACUAGCUGACUUGGUGGAGAGAGAUCGGCUACUACUGGCAACACUCGAGGCUCUGGACUCCGGCAAAGUGUUUCUCACAGCAUAUUUUGUCGAUCUGUUGGCUACAAUCAAAACAUUAAGAUAUUAUGGUGGCUGGGCAGACAAGAUUCACGGCAAAACCAUCCCUGUAGAUGGAGCAUAUUUUACUUACACACGGCAUGAGCCCAUUGGAGUGUGUGGACAGAUCAUUCCUUGGAACUUCCCCCUAAUGAUGUUUGUGUGGAAGAUUGCUCCGGCUCUGUGCUGUGGAAACACUGUAGUCAUCAAACCUGCAGAACAGACCCCAUUAUCAGCCCUGCACAUGGCCACGCUCAUCAAAGAGGCUGGGUUUCCUCCAGGUGUAGUGAAUGUGGUGCCAGGUCAUGGUCAGACAGCAGGCUGUGCUAUUGCCCACCACAUGGACAUAGACAAAGUAGCCUUCACCGGAUCUACUGCUGUUGGGAAACUUAUCCAGAAAGCUGCAGGUGACAGCAACCUGAAACGAAUUACACUAGAACUCGGUGGAAAAAACCCAAAUAUUGUCUUUGCUGACUGUGACUUAGAGUAUGCAGUGGAGCAAGCACACAGUGGUCUUUUCUUCAACCAGGGCCAGUGUUGCCUGGCUGGAUCCAGGGUGUUUGUAGAGGAACCCAUUUAUGAGGAGUUUGUCCGCCGCAGCGUGGAGAGGGCUGAAUCCAAAGUUCUGGGAAACCCUUUGCUGCCAGGAGUGGACCAGGGACCACAGAUAGACCAGAAACAGUUUGAUAAGAUUUUGGAGCUGAUAGAAAGUGGCAAGAGUGAGGGAGCAAGGCUGGAGUGUGGAGGGUCUGCGUGGGGUCAGCAGGGACUUUUUAUCCAACCCACUGUCUUCUCAAAUGUCACAGAUGAUAUGCGCAUCGCCAAAGAAGAGAUUUUUGGUCCAGUGCAGCAAAUUAUGUGUUUCCGUAGCAUCCACGAAGUCAUCCAGAGAGCCAACACCACACACUAUGGUCUUGCAGCAGGAGUUUUCACUAAUGACAUCGACAAAGCCCUCACAGUCUCCUCUGCCCUGCAGGCUGGCAUGGUCUGGGUGAACUGCUACAAUGCCAUGAGUGUUCAGUGUCCAUUCGGUGGCUUCAAGAUGUCUGGGAAUGGGAGGGAACUAGGGGAAUAUGCUCUUCAGGAAUACACUGAGGUCAAGGCAGUCACCAUCAAAAUCUCAAAGAAGAACUCCUAA